AUGUCCAGUAUGUGCUGUACCAUAAAUGAUGAUGGUCAGCAGCUUCCAUGUCCACCACUUAGAAACACCACCCACAUCAGUCAGUUCAAGUGGCCACUCAUCUCCGACUCCCGGCGGGUUGUCCUCAACACAGUAUCUCCUUCCUCCACCUUCAACCGUGACCGGCCAAGACAGGAGUCCUGCCGCAGUCUUCCACAUCAUCCGCCGAGCAGGUCCUCCCCUGUUGAGACGAAGCGUGCGUCUUGCGAGGUGCGGAACCCUGCUCCGCGCUUUGAGUGGCACCAGCGAAGCAUCCCAUGCUCACCUCGCGAGCUCAUUUGCCGCAUUUGA